CCGUCGACGCAAUUCAGUCGUUCUAGUACAUUUAGAAACGACUGUUUGGUGUCGCUACUGUAAUUCGGCGAUUAUCAGGUGGCUUGAAAAAUAGUACCCGUCGAUUGUAUUAUUUGAAUAGGUUAUGAUAUAAUGGGUUCCGAUCACACUCACAGACGAUGGAGCAAUUUGCGAAAAGUAUUGGAGAGAUCAGGUCCUUUUUGCAGACCCGAUUUCGAACCAUCGUCAGACACCUUACAAUUUAUGCUGGACAAUUGUAAGAUUCUAGUUAUAGGUGCCGGUGGUUUAGGAUGCGAAUUACUUAAAAAUUUAGCGUUAAUGGGAUUUAGACAAAUUCAUGUGAUCGAUAUGGACACAAUUGAAUUGUCUAACCUUAAUCGGCAGUUUUUAUUCCGUCACAAUGAUAUUGGUUCAUCAAAAGCAGAGGUAGCUUCAAAAUUUAUUAAUGCUAGAAUCCCAGGCUGUAAUGUUGUAUCGCAUUGUUGUAAAAUACAAGACAAAGAUGAAGAAUUUUAUAGACAAUUCCAUAUAGUAAUUUGUGGCCUGGAUUCAGUAGUUGCAAGAAGGUGGAUCAAUGGUAUGCUACUGUCCCUUUUAGUUUACAAAGAUGGAGAAUUAGAUCGUUCUAGCAUAAUACCAAUGAUUGAUGGAGGAACAGAAGGUUUUAAAGGAAAUGCAAGAGUAAUACUUCCUGGUCUGACUGCUUGCAUUGAAUGCACGUUAGAUUUAUACCCUCCUCAGGUUACAUAUCCAUUGUGUACAAUAGCUAAUACUCCACGUCUGCCAGAGCAUUGUAUAGAAUACGUAAAAGUAAUCCAAUGGCCGAAAGAAAAUCCAUUUGACUGUCCAAUCGAUGGUGAUGAUCCCCAUCAUAUAAAUUGGAUUUAUGAGAAGUCUAAUGAAAGAGCAACACAAUUUGGUAUACAGGGUUUAACAUACAGACUAGUACAAGGAGUAGUAAAAAACAUUAUACCAGCAGUAGCAUCUACAAAUGCUGUUAUUGCUGCAACAUGUGCUACAGAAGCAUUUAAACUUGCUAGCAGUUGCAGUGCAUCAUUGAAUAAUUACAUGGUACUCAACAAUGUAGAUGGAAUCUAUACUUACACUUAUGAAGCAGAAAGGAAAGAAGACUGUGUAGCUUGUAGUCAAAUUCCAAAAGAAAUUGAAAUUGAUAAUCCCAAAUCUAAGUUGAAGGAUUUGAUAGAGCUUCUGUGUGAAAGAUCUGAUUUGCAAAUGAAAAAUCCAGGUCUCACGGCAUGUAUUAACGGCAAAAACAGAACUCUGUACAUGCAAACUGUACCAAGUAUAGAAGAAAAAACCCGCGAGAACUUGACGAAAUCAUUAGCUGAACUUGGUUUGAGAAACGGCAGUGAGAUCAAUGUCGCUGAUAUUACUACUCCUAAUGCGAUUGUAUUAAAAUUAAAAUUUGUAUAUUCUGAUUCAGAAAUGUGCUAAUCAAAAAGCAUCCUUCAUUUUGAUCAUGAAUUUAUCACUAUACGUCAUCAUAUAUUUACAGUACUUAUAUUGCUUUUUUGUUACUUUAAAAAGUGGCAUUGAGCCAAAAAUUGAUCAACAUUAUCCUUAUCGAAAUAAUAAAAAUAAAAACACUUUAAUUUAAUACUAUUUUUUUUAACGAGCCUAGAAGUAGAUAUCACACGAUGAAAUUAUUUUGAACAUUGUUUUAAUAUCAAUUCAUUCGAAUUUUAUGUAAUAAAUUGGCAUUGCUUAAUAUUUUUAAUUUUUUUUUUGUUUUCUUUUCUUUUGUAGCGCUAAUUUUUUUCUUGGACUAAUCUUAAGUAUAACAGAAGCAAGUAUUAAAACUAUAUUAGUUUAUAUGACAUACCUGUUACAUUAACAAUAAAGACACGGCAGCAAAUAUGUUUCUAUA